AUGGCUGCUGCUGCUACGAAGGAUCCCAAGAGGGAUUUUCAUGUUGCUGUUUGUGGCGGCGGCAUCGGCGGCCUCUGCAUGGCCAUCGGCCUCCUCCACCAGCAAGUCUCGUGCACGCUCUACGAGGCGGCGCCAGCCUUCGCCGAGAUCGGCGCCGGCGUGUCCUUCGGCCCCAACGCCGUGCGCGCCAUGAGCCUCAUCGACCCGGCCAUCAAGGCCGGCUACGACAAGAUCGCCACCUCCAACACCGCGCCCGAGAAGAAGCAGUGCUGGUUCGACUUCUCCCUCGGCCACAAGGACGCCGCCUGCGGGGAGGCGGGCACGCCCGUUGCGGAGGUGGUGGCCGGGGAGGUUGGCCAGAGCAGUGUGCAUCGAGCCCACUUUCUAGAUCAGCUGGUCCAGCUCGUCCCCGCGGGCGUGGCGCAGUUCGGCAAGCGGCUCAAGGACGUGGAGCAGGUCGGCGAGAAGAUGAAGCUGACCUUCCAUGACGGCACCACGGCCGAGGCCGACGCCGUCAUCGGCUGUGACGGCAUCAAGUCCCGCGCGCGGCACAUCCUGCUCGGCAGGGACCACGAGGCCGCCAGCGCCAGGUUCACGGGCAAGUACGCCUACCGUGGCCUGAUCCCCAUGGAGAAGGCCGUGGACGCCCUGGGCCGGGACCUGGCCGGCAACAGCCAGAUGUAUAUGGGCCGGCACGGCCACGUGCUGACGUUCCCGAUCGAGGGCGGCAAGACCAUGAACGUCGUGGCCUUCCAGUCCAAGGCGGAUGGCAAGUGGGAGAAUGAGAAGUGGGUCCUGCCCAUGAAGAAGGAGGACAUGUUCCGCGAUUUCGAGGGCUGGGGCGAAAGCGUGCAACGGAUUCUCUCGUUGAUGGAGAAGCCAGACGUGUGGGCCCUCUUCGAUCACCCCCCAGCACCUACCUACUUCAAGGGACGGCUGGCAAUCCUCGGGGACGCCGCGCACGCCUCGACCCCGCACCAGGGUGCGGGCGCCGGACAAGCCAUCGAGGACGCCUUCGUGAUGUCCAACCUGCUCGGCCAGGUCAAGUCGGUGGACGAGAUUGAGAAAGCCUUCUACGCAUAUGACGCCGUCCGCCGGCCGAGGAGUCAGAAGGUGGUGACGACCUCCCGGGAGGCGGCAGCGCUGUACGAGUUCGAGGACGAGAGCAUGGGCACGGAUUUGGAAAAGAUUCGGAAGCGUCUGCUGGAACGCUACGACUGGAUCUGGAACGAGGAUCUACCUCAGCAGUUGAAGAAAGCGCAGGAUCUCAUGGGCCUGAAGGCGAACUUGUAG